AUGGCUGAUUCAAGCUCGCAGCUCUCGAGCCCGCUUCAAACAAAACUUGAUCGAGUUCCGCUAUUUGACUCACAAGCAAAGACCGUUUCGCCGCUAAAGGAGUUGUUGAGCGAGAUUUUAGGUCUUCAAGAUGAAAUUUUGAGUCUUCACAGGAAGCUAAAGACCGAAAACGCACAGAUUAGAAGAGACGUGGAAGAGUUUUGCUCAAUUGGUAAUGAUGAUGUUUACGCGUCCAACGAGCCUGGUCUUGAAGGUGCGUGA